AUGUCUCAACCUCAGCCCUGGGAGCUCCAAGCCCGCAAAGCAAAAGACAUUCUCGAAAAUUCCAUCCCCAAGCAAUGGCUCCUCCCAGAAGACAAAUUUCCGCCUGCGGAUGAGAAAAGCGUGAUAGACUUCCCGCGCAAAAGCGGGUUGCUUACUGAACGAGAGCUCGGCAUCACCGAACUGUCUGCUACGGCGCUCGUGGCGGAAAUGGGAGCGGGCGAGUUAAGUGCUGAAGAGGUCGUGGUUGCAUUUUUGAAGAGGUCUGUCCUGGGACAUCAGUUGUUCAACUUUGCGACAGAGUUUAUGGCGGAUAAGGCUAUCGCGCGAGCUAAAGAGCUAGAUGAGUAUUAUCAGCGGACUGGGAAGUUGGUUGGGGCCUUGCACGGCGUCCCAAUCAGCGUAAAGGAGCAUGUCGGCAUUAAAGGUCUGACCUGCAAUGCAGGCUUUGUGGCAUGGGCCGACCAAGUAGCCACCGAAGACGCCUUGCUCCUCCAAUGCCUAGAGAAAGCAGGCGCCGUCUUCCACGUCCGCACAAACCAACCCCAAUCUCUUAUGCACCUCGACUGUAGUAACAACCUCACCGGCACUACCCUAAACCCUCACAACCGGACACUCAGCCCCGGGGGGUCAUCAGGCGGCGAAGGCGCCUCCACAGGUUUUAAAUGCGCUCCUCUAGGCGUUGGAUCAGAUAUAGGAGGUUCCAUUCGAGUCCCUGCUGCAUUUUCUGGCUCGUACGGAUUGAAAACGACGGCGUCGAGAAACCCUACGACCGGAAUCAAGGCUGCUGGGCCCGGACAAGAGUCAAUCAGGGGUGUAAUUGGGCCUUUGGCAAGCCAGAGUAUUGAGGAUUUGGAGCUGUUUCAACAAGUUAUCAUUGAUCAGGAGCCGUGGGACGUUGAGACGAGCUUGGCUCCAGUGCCUUGGAAGAGGGCUAUGCCGACGAGGGAUAUAACUGUUGGGAUUAUGUGGGAUGACGGAACUGUCCGCCCUCAUCCACCAAUUAUCAGAGCACUCAAAUACGCAAAAGAAAAGCUCAUGGCAGCCGGUGUCAAGAUCGUCGACUGGGAACCCUACAAGCACGAUCAUGGCUGGGAGAUAGUGUCCGCCAUGUACUUCGCGGACGGCACAGAAGCCCAACAAACCGUCCUCAAGCAAUCCGGCGAACCCUACCUCCCCCUAACCAAGUGGGCCUUCGAAUACUCCACCGGAACACCCCUCACCGUCUCAGAGAAUUGGGCCCUGAAUUACGCCCGGGAUCACUACCGCGACGAAUACCACGCGCUCAUGAAAUCCCGCGGUGUGGACUUCAUCCUCGCCCCGACCUAUUUGGGCGUCGCGGCUGUGCUUGGCGAACCGCAGUACUGGAAUUACACGGCUAUCUGGAAUAUACUCGACCAGCCGGCUGUUGUAUUUCCAAGUGGACUUGUGGUUGACGAAGAGCUGGAUAAAGCAGAGGAGGGGUAUCAGCCCAGAAAUGCGGCUGAUGAGAGAGAGUGGAAGAAGUAUAGACCUGAAAGGUAUGUCGGGGCACCGAUUGGGUUGCAGCUGGUUGGGAAGAGGUUUAAGGACGAGGAGGUUUUGGCGGCUGCUAAGGUGGUUGAGGGGGUUUUGGGGGCUGAGGCUAGUAGGGAGAUGAAUUAG